CGUUGGCUGGAACUGUUACUGCUGCUGCUGUUGACUGGUGAUCGCUCUGUGUGGCUUAUGAGCACCCUGAGUUUAUAAUAAGCCGGGCUUGGUUCCUCAGGUGGGGCUUUAACUCGCCGUCGCUGGGAAGAAACGGCUAUAAGUGUCUGACAGCAGACAACAAAACAACAGCUAUUAUGUCCUGAACUGGAGGCUUUUUCACAUGUAGCCUGUUAGCUGCUAGCUGCGUCGCGUACAGUGUACACACAGGCUUUUUGUUCUGCUGCUGGACAGCCUCUGCAUGACAAAUUGGUACCAAUGUUGAGGGCUGACGAGGCGCAGAAAUAGUGGUCGUUCUGUGUGGGGAGCAGAAAGAAAACGUGUCAAGAAUAAUUCCUGGUUGUCAACCGCAGCCCCGGGGCUGACCCCCUCGGUCGUAGACCGAUUUUAAUGGCCGGAAAUCCGAGGAGGGGCGCCGGUCUCAUCGGCUUGAUGAAGGACGCCUUUCAGCCCCACCAGCAGCCUCUCCAGCCUCACCAACCUGCUGUGGUGGACAAGAAAAUGGUGGAGAAAUGCUGGAAACUCAUGGAUAAGGUGGUGCGUUUGUGCCAAAACCCCAAGGUGGCUCUGAAGAACAGCCCACCCUACAUCCUGGACCUACUCCCGGACACAUACCAGCACCUACGCACCAUUCUCUCCCGAUAUGAGGGCAAAAUGGAGAUCCUCGGGGAGAACGAGUAUUUCCGCGUUGUCAUGGAGAACCUGACCAACAAGACGAAGCAGACGAUGAGCCUUUUUAAAGAGGCCAAGGAGAGGAUGUUUGAGGAGAAUUCCCAGCCCAGGCGAAACCUUACCAAGCUGUCUCUGAUAUUUAGUCACAUGCUCGCAGAGCUAAAGGCCAUCUUUCCCAACGGCCUGUUUCAAGGCGACAACUUUAGGAUCACGAAAGCUGAUGCUGCGGAAUUUUGGAGAAGGUCAUUUGGGGACAAGACCAUAGUGCCAUGGAGGACGUUUCGUCAGGCUCUCCACGAGUUUCACCCGAUCAGCUCGGGCCUGGAGGCCAUGGCCCUGAAGUCCACCAUCGACCUCACCUGCAACGACUACAUCUCCGUCUUUGAGUUUGACAUCUUCACCAGGCUCUUCCAGCCAUGGUCGUCUCUUUUAAGGAACUGGAACAGUCUGGCUGUCACUCAUCCUGGUUACAUGGCCUUCUUAACUUACGAUGAGGUCAAGGCCCGACUGCACAGGUUCAUCCACAAACCUGGCAGUUACAUCUUCAGGCUGAGCUGCACCCGCCUCGGCCAAUGGGCGAUCGGCUACGUGACGGCCGACGGCAACAUCCUGCAGACCAUCCCUCACAACAAACCACUUUUUCAAGCCCUCAUCGAUGGAUACAGAGAAGGAUUCUAUCUGUUCCCAGACGGCCGUGCACAGAACCCAGACCUGACCGGGCUGUGUGAGCCUUCUCCACAGGACCACAUCAAAGUCACUCAGGAGCAGUAUGAGCUGUACUGCGAGAUGGGCUCCACUUUCCAGCUCUGCAAGAUCUGUGCAGAGAACGACAAGGACGUGAAGAUCGAGCCCUGCAGGCACCUGAUGUGCACCUCCUGUCUGACUGCCUGGCAGGAGUCAGAGGGUCAAGGUUGUCCGUUUUGCCGCUGUGAGAUUAAAGGCACAGAGCCCAUCGUCGUUGACCCCUUCCACCCGAAGGCCAGCGGGGCUUCCUUCGCUGGUUUCCAGGCGUCCAGCCGAGCAGAAGCUGCCGGAAAUGACGAGGAAGAUGACGAUCGCAUGGAGGACCAGCACCUUGUCAUGAGCAGGCUGGCCUGCACCAAGGUCGAGCGUCCAGCGUCUCCAGUGUCCCAGCUGCCUCCAGUUCCCCCACGACUGGACCUCCUGCAGCAGAGACCCUCGAGCUCACACCAGGGAGCCACAGCCAAGCUGCCGGCCACUCACCGAGACAAGCCUCUACCUCUGCCACCGGCCCUCAGAGAUCUGCCGCCUCCUCCUCCUCCAGAGCGGCCCUCCCUCCUCAGCCAGGACUCAAGGCUCCAGAGGAGGCCGCUGCCCUCCACCCCAGACCAGCCCGCCUGGGCUGCAAACUACAUGGUCCCACGUCCCGCAACCAAGGCUCCAGCCGCCUUGUCCUCUGCUGUUCAGAGUAACGAAGCUAGUGGAGAGGGGACCAAAACUCAGUCGGCUACCAACGCUGUUUACUGUCUGGCUGCAAGGUCUCUGCCGGCGUCCGUGGUGUUGAGCGGGGAGAAGUCGUCGUCGCCCGACUGUGAGGAGAACGAGUACAUGAGUCCCACGUCUCUUCCAGUCACCAAUCCUCUGUCGGUCAUCACGGGCUGUUUGGUGCCUCCGCCGCCGAGCCAGGCAAACCAACACAACGACAUCAGUGAGGCCGUGGACAGCGACUCCGACGACCCCCAAGUCUAUGAGUCCAUGUGUAAUAUCAAGGCUCAGUCUGGAUCAUCUGAGACGGCACAGAACUCUGAUCUGGACCACCCUCAACACUCGGCAGCAGUUUCCCAGGAAAGGGACGCUGCUGCAGCGGAGGAGGACUACAUUUACGAUUGUCCCAGACCGGUCGUCCCUCCCGCCCCGACCAGAAGAACCCUGUCGGAUAUGAGCGGGCCCUCAGCCGCCUUCAGCACACUCAGCAUCGACAGUGCGGUUGACGCGAGUAUGUUUGCCGCAGGUGUGGACCCUGAACGUCCCCCCAAACCCCUCCCGCGGCGAGCCAAUUCGGACCGACGGCCUCGCCCCUUGAACCGCGACUACCCCGCUCCAUUACCGGACCUCCCCGCUGCCUCCUCUGCCUCGCUGACCCCGCCUCCUCCUCUUCCUCCUCCUCCUCCUGCUAAUGCGAGCUCUGGCAGCCUGGCCCUGAACGGCGAGAUCGAGUGUCUCGUGUCCCAGGGCUACUCCAUCCAGGACAUCCAGAAAGCCCUGAUGAUCGCUCAGAACAACCUGGAAACGGCCAAGAACAUCCUGCGGGAGUUUGUCACCAUCCCCUCCGCGGCGCACAUCGCCACAUAGUCCCGCACAUAGUGACGCGCCGUGCUGCGCCGCGCCGCCUCUCUGUCUGUCUGUCUUUACUUUGUGCCAUUAUCAUGGAUAUAGUUCACCAAGCACUUUCCUGCGGGAGAACAAGGAGUGAAGCUGUGUUCACGUCGUACCAGAAGAUGAACGAGAAGUUUUUACGCCGAGAAGAUGUUGUUCGACGUUAUCUCAUCAGUACUAUCUGAGUUUUUUUGGACCAGCAAGAAGAAGCACAGUGAUUGUUAUGGACCGUGUAUAUAAAUGGACGUCGUCUCCUGGUUUUAAACGUGAAGCCUCGGGAGUAGCAGUUAGCCACCAGGGGGCGACUCCACUGGUUGCAAAAAGGAACCACUUUCAAUGGAAGUCUAUGGGAAAAUUAGAUUUAAAAGGUCAGGAAACAAUAACCUGAGGAUGGUAAGAGGAAAAUAGAGCUACUUCUCGCCCCGCCUCCCUUGCAUAUAGUCCCGCCCUCUUGCAGUUUGCCGAAGGAUGGAAUCUCGAGGCUUCAUAAUGCAAGUUCAGGAAGACUUUGUCCAUUUUUAUGCACCGUCUAUAAACCGAGUCUGUCAGCAGGUUGGUCCUAAGCUUCAGUCUGGCUCAUUUGAAGGAGCAGAGAUCAGAUCUGGUGUCACCUGAACGCAGCAUUAACAAACUAUUUUAAAGCCUUUUAAUGUCUGCUCUGUUGAGGUUGACUCGUGUUGUAAUAACGGCGUGUCUCCCCCCCCCCCUUCAUUUCAAGAACUCUCUCAUUAAGCUACUCCAACUUGAACGAGUCGAGGCACCUUUGGGAUUUUUUUUUGUUUUGUUGUUGGGUUUUUUUUUUUUUUUGGUCAUGGUUCGACUCGGUGUUCCAGCCGUUCAGUUUGGUGCUUUACAAGCUUUCUCUGCAAAUCGUGGCGUACGAAUAUGUAGCGGUAGAAGAUUGGUGAUUAUCCGCCUUGUGUGUGUGUGUGUGUGUGUGUGUAUGCUAAUGAAUGUGAACAUGCAGUUGCAGUGCAGUAUCGCAGGGCUUCAUCGUGUCGUUGGCGUCACUGUGGUUUUCGCGCUGAAGUUCGAACACGACUCCCAUUUCUUCCUCUCCUCCUCGCAGCUCUCGGGUCAUUUGGCGUUUUUCUGUGUGGAAAUAAGAGGUUUCAAUGUUUUAAUGACUACUCCCAUAAUGUGUAUCGUGAGCUGAGUGUGGUACUAACAGUGACUGAAUCUUGACCAGUUCAUUUAAUCCGCCAGGGUCAAACACGCUUCUGUGUCCUCUAGGUUUCCUCGCUCGUGUGUUUUAUGUACUUUAAAGAUCAGCACCACAUUUACACCCACACCAGUGAGGAGAAGCAAAAAAGAAAAGAAAAUGGUGGACUCAGGUACUCGCUAUUAAGUCAGGUUUCCAUGUGCUGACGCUUAUAGGACAGUGUCGGACAGUAAUCUGAUAUUUACUAUACUUACACCAGAUUUACGUACACUUUUUUUUAUUCCAACUUUUCCCCAGGCUCUCAUGGGGCUCGGGUAUUUCAGUCACUCAGCAGGAAAUUACGAGCGGAUUAAUUAAUGCUGACAAUAAUCUUUAGCUGUCGCUGUUAAUGUGAAUUAAUGAGAUUGUUUUAUCGUUCGUGCUCAUUAAAUGUGACGCCACCGUGACCAAAUGUCCACAAAAAAAAUACACUAUCUGCUUUUUCCCGUGGUUUUUUUUUUUUUUGCUACUUACAUCGAUUCAUCCUGACGACAAAUAAUACUUAAUCCGGUUUCUCUGUUUGUAGAAGAGCAAAGAAAAACUCAAAGAUUCUGUUGUGCAUUUAGCUCAAACUGCAGCUGAGCCUUAAGCAGCCUUGACUUUACAUGAAUUACUAAGGAAAUGUGUGACUGACUGUAAGUAAUUUAAAAAGGUACAAUGUGUAAAACAUUUAAAUGGCGAGUGUGUUGUUGAACCUACGUAGCCUUCGGUUUGCAUCAAAACUCAAAAGAUGUUUAGUUUGUCCUUUGUGGGCUACUGUAGAAACAUGGUCCAAAAUGGCUGACCCUGCUCCUGAUAUAAUUAUGAAAAAUAACAAUUUCCCCUUCUGCCAAAUUAAUUAUAUUUUAUACACUGGACUUUUAAUGAGCUGCUCAGUGACUGAAAUAUUGGAUCAGGGUUGGUCUCAAGUCUCUGAAUUCAAAGUCAUGCGUUCACAAGAACUCCAAAUGAACACGGACAUAAAAUGUUUAAAGUUGCGAUUUUCACUCAGGUGUUCGGAUUUCUCUCCAGGCCUUCACUCCCAAUUCGCCCACACCUCUCUUGUCUUUCGCGAUGCAUCGAUAUCGGAUGUUGUACACUCGGCGGGGCUCGUGCCGCGCGUUAACCCCCGGCCUGCAGGAUCACAGGCACAUUUAAGAGCCGAGAUGAAAAGACGUCUGAGAGUCAUCAAAGCAAGCGAGUCGGAUCUGAGUCCAGGGCUGCGUCAGCACAGCAUACAGAUGCAUAGUAAGAGCAGCUCCGUUUACUGGAAAAGACGCUCGUUCCAUAUUAAUGUGCACAUUCAGGAUCACAGCCAGAUACGAGACGGGCCUGAGUAUCUUGUUUCUUUUCCCUUUUAUGUGCAACAAUGAUUGCACCUUCUUCUUUUUCUUUCUUUAAAUUAAGAGAUUUUAAAGGCCACAGUAACCCGUGCGAUAAAUGUGCCUUCUGUCGAUCACAACCCGCACAUUCAGCUGAGAAAAGCCAAAACUCUUUCGUCCACAUUUAUCCAUACCGCCUUUUUGGACACAGUUCUUCACACUGGCUGGUUGAUAAAAAAAAAAUAUACAUAUUGUGCGUUCUAUUUGUAGUCAGAAGUUGGAAUUUCCGAGUUUCAACUGGUACGCCCCCAAAAGUCGGAUUUCCAACUUCAAAACUUGCAAACCCCGACAUAGGAUUCUAAGGUGGCGGCCACUCAUGUAAAUAAUAAAAAUACUUCUCGACUGGAACGCACUCCCACUUCCGACUUCUGACUUCCCGCAUAAAUGGAACGCACUAAUAUUAAGACGAAGAAAAUGUGUUUGCAAUUGGGAGAAACUAACACUAAUGUGCUGUAUAUUCUGUCAUAAUAACCUAAUCAGACAAGGGUUUCUUCCUGGAUCUGUUGUUGUUCUAAUACGAGUCUUAUUUUGAUCACGUUUUCCUCUAAAAAAUAGGUUUGAAAUAUCAACGCGGUGGUAUCAAAACGGAGGGAAAAAUGCAGUAAAAUUUCUAAAAAAAUAAAAUAAAAUAAGUAAGUGUAAAGUUUCAGAUGAUUGUAUCCCUGCAGACGAGGCUGAGGUCGGUGAAUCUGGCACGUGGAGUUCUUCUGUCUGGAUGUGACUCCAUAGAGACCUUCCAUCUUUAAUUGCCCUGAACCAAAAGCAUUUGAAAGCAGCCCGUUUGCCCUUUUAUGUCGCUCCCUCAGCCUCUCUCUCUCUCUCUCUCUUUUUUUUUUUAUCCUCACCAUGAAGAGGACGUGUCGUCAGUUCCUUUUGGCUCUCGUGUUCACUUGAUCUCGGGCGUUUGAACACUUAGCGGGGACUAACACUCUUGACCAUGAAAGUGCAGGUCGCUGUGUGAGGGGGGAAAAAACACUUGAGGCUGACAUCGUUGCCAGAUGCUCCGCUGGCUCUCACACACACACACACACACACACACACACACACACACACAUUUCACACUCCAGUCACUGGUAAACUCAGCUGGUUUGAUGUAUAAGCUCAGAUCUCACUGGUUAAUGACAUGUAUGUAGUGUAACCAUGAUAACUCGCCUUUUCAACGGGAACUUGCCUACUAAAAAAAGAGAAAAAAAGUCUUCAUUGCUUUUUUUUGUUGCCUGUGUAAAUAUGAUUUUAUUUAUUGUCUUUUUAAUACCCUCAGCAUUCAUUGUGUUGCCAUGUUUUCAUGCCUAAGCCAUUAAGAUUUUUAAUUAAACAGUAUUUUCUUUAACAUUUGA